GGUAGGCUUGCCCCGCUGACUACGUUCUCUCACUCGCGGCCUGUCAGAGUCCACAGUCCUAACUCGGCCUCAGGCUAAGAUAGAUUGUAUCUUUCGUCGGCUUCGAUCUCGCCGGGGAGCUCAUCUCUCGCGCGCGUCAGCCACGUCGGCCCUGACCGACCUCCUCUGUCACGACCAAUCGAACAAUCCUCCAGUGUCGCCGAAAUCGUCCGACCCGCCGCGCCGUUACGACCGCUUCGCGCCGCGCCGGUCGGUCGCCCCCUUUUCCGCCGUUUAAUUGUCGCCGCGCGUCAACCUCGAUUGAACCGCCUCUUCGCGAAACAGUUCCUUUCGAGUGCUGGUGAACAAGGCGAUUCCAGGAUAACUUUUCUUGUGAACCGGGGAUACGGUACCCAGAGCCACCGAUCCAGGAGAUGCGCCCAAAAUUGCGACACUGCUGAAAUCACGUCUGAUCGAACGAGAGUCAUAAAUCAGAUCAAAAGAUGCAGACAGCACCGACCGUGCUGUCGUUGCUCCUCGUCGUCCUGAGCUUCUCAGGCAGGACCAACGGCCUGUGCAACUUGGAGAACGGAACAGUGGCACGGUGCCAGGACCUCACCGACGCCAAGUACAUCCAGACCUAUCAUCUCGAGACCCUGAAGGCUCCGGUGUUGGAGGCGGAGCUUCACCCGGGUCUCUUCGGCAACCUGACGAGCCUGCGACACUUGGACCUGUCCGGAGGAAACCUGAAACGAGUCCAGUCAGGAUGCUUCCGCAAGCUGGCCAACCUGAGAAGCUUGAACCUAGCCGAGAAUCACAUCGCGAACUUGGACUCCGGCGCCAUUCAAGGACUGAGCCACCUGCACAGCCUGAACCUUCGCAAGAACAAGCUUCGCCAUUUGCCACCGGUCAUCACAGAGCUGAAGUUCCUUAAACACCUGGACGUGCAGAGCAAUCCGCUGCAAUGCGACUGCGCGACGCUUCUCGUCAGAGACCUGAUCAUGAAGAAGGGCGUAAAGAUCUCGAAGAAGGUGCUCUGCGCCGGCCCGAGAAACAUGAAGGGGACGCCGCUGUUCAAACCCGACGCGGCUGUCACCUGCAACAUGGAGCAACUGGACCUUGAGAUGCAGAACGACCAGCCUGUCGAGGAGUACGAGGAAGAUUACGAAGGAUCGGGCACCAACGGCGACGACGACUCGUUCAUCGACGUUCCCAAUUUAAACCAGGAGCCUACCCAGCCACCGGAAAUCGAGACGCCAGCCCCGGAGGUAGCCUGCCUACCCGGAGACGCCGACUGUCCGGAAAAGAACUCCAAAGAGGAGGAGAUAUUCCUCGAUUCCGGCGAGAAGAAAUCCACAACAGCCGUUCCGACAACAGAGAGGAAGAAGGUGUUCACGGAUGCCCUGUUCGUGCCAGUUGAGGGCUCCGGGGCCGACGAAGAGGGCUCGGGAGAAGGUUCGGGAACAGCGACGAUCUUCGACGGUUGGGACAAGGCCAAGGAGACGGACGAAGAAGACACCCGUGUCGAGGAAGAGUCCCAAUCUCUAGGCGACAAGCUGCUGGACACGUUCUUCAACGUCUUUCUGAGCACGACCGCGGCGCCGGAGACGAAGAAGGACCUGGACCUGGAGGAGGAACAGUUUAUCCACAUGCCGAGCAAAUUCCCCGGGGAAGAGGAGACCUCGGAGAUCGUCGACGACGAGCUGACGUCGACCACCAGCAAAGCCAGCACCGAAACGAGCCCGAAGUCGGUCUCGACGACCGAUUACAGCGGCGUCGAGGUGUUCGACAGCGAUCUACAGAACUCGACGCGGACUGGCCAGGCGAUGGUCGAGGACGAGACGACGGGCGACGGGCUGGCCGAAGUGUCCCCGGCGAAGCAGUCCAAGAAAGGGAUGGGCUCUUACGUGGUGUUGGCCACGCUGCUGGCGAUCCUGGCGAGUCUGAUCAUGUUCGCCGCCUACAAAGGCGACUUCUGCCGCAAGAAGAGGAAACGCGGCGACGUGGAGAACGGCACCGAGAUGAAGGACAUGCAGAAGUCCCUGCUGGAGGGGAGCACGACGCAUCCGAAGGUCGUGACCAACGGGAACGUGGAGAACGUGCCGCUGGUCGAGGACACGGCCGAUCACGAGGACGCCAAAGCGUCCGGCGAGCAUCAGGAGCCGGUCAGGUCGCGAAACGGCACCUCGGACCGCGUCGACCCGGUGAAACCGCCGAGACGGAGCUCGGACAGGUCCAGCUCGGACGGCAACACGUCGAGGAACGACUCGCUGCCCGCGAGAACGAGUCCCGUCGACGUCACCGUGAACAACGCCCCGGCAACAACGCUGCCGGCGAACUGUCCGCCUCUGAGCCCCGGCGCUCAAAGAGUGAAGAUCACCCUACAGGAGAACCCGGACAGCGUGCCGAAGACGCCCAUACUCAUCACGAGAACGAUGGCUGGUGAUAAUCUAGUCAAAUCGCCAUGAAACCGCUGACCUCGUGGUCACCGAUGAACGACAACGAGACAUUUGGUCCAAUAACGAUCGAUCGAACCGACAACAACGAGACACGAAUGGACGAGACAGAGAGGCAGCCGGUAGGGAAGGGGGGGAUCGCGUGUUACAAUUUUUCGAGAUUGACUAAUUCCAGUGACGCCAGUGUUCCUAGGCCCGUGUAUCACGGCCUGACAAAGUGAUACGUGGACUUCUAUAGACGACGGACACAGCGUUCGACGACGGACACGAUCGAACGGCGCAACAUAGUCGAGCUUAGGUAGGAGGAGGAGGAGAGCCGAUGUCGUGGUGGUACUCGAUUCCGUGAAAUGAGAUUGUUUUGUACAUAUCCCCCGCAGAUUGUAUAUGUGUAUGCACACAUAACAUUGUUGUUUGUACAAGAUUUACGGAUAGAGGAACGAUUUGAUACAUUUUCUAUACGCGUAUACAAUAUUAGCACACUAGUCAGUCCCCAUUAAGGAUUUUCCUUCUCGUGCAGGCUUGAAUGGGAUUCAAGUAUCGCCAAGUUCCAUUUUAGAUUGCUCCGAUAACAAGAAGCGUAUCGUUACCUAGACCCUCGGCGUUCUUGUAAUAACGAAAUACCCAUUUGCAAGUAAUGCCGCAGUUAUCUCGUUUUUAAUGUUAACGUUAGAAAGGCACGGUCCGGGAAACGUUUGUUCCGCGCAGCGUUAUUCCCACGAUCCGACGACGACGCGUCGUCGUCGGAUCGUCGGAGGAUCGUGUUUGAACGAUGCUCGGACCGUGGAGAAUGAAUUUUUAGAAUGGCCAUGGUUUAACGCGGCGAUGCAAUUCGUUGCGGAUGAUAAUAUAUCGUGUAUAUUUAUGUUAUACUCAAACUGCCUCAUGUCCCACUGCAUUCUCGUGAAUAGACUGCGGAUAUUAUGCAUCGACGAGGUUCGAACGUGGACCCGCAUCCGCAUAAACAGCCGCAGUCUAGUCGUCAAUUACCGAUUGGUAAUUCAAUUACUUAUGUAUUUUAAAAGAGACGUUCGAAAGACUACCGGGUGUGUCUAAUCAUUGAGCGUCGGAUUAUUCGAAUUGUUACGUGACUCGUAGAUUUUUACGAAAUUUUUUUUUUAGUUCCACCGUAUGUAAAUGUACGCGGUGAAAUGAGAGCGAAAGUUUUGCUGUUGCUACUUAUGGGGGUGGAUCGCGAACGGCGCGAUUCGAUUGCUGCUACGCGGCCUUUUUGGAACAGUUGCGAACAAUGGACGUGUUCUUUGUCGAGCCCUGAAACAUCGGUGUCACCGAUGCUUCCGAUCGGACAAAAUAUAUCCGCGUUAUUUCCAGCCGUUUCGCGACGCUUCGCAGCUUCGCUCGAGCCGAAAGCUGCUCGCGAUUCUUUCCCGAUAGUGAUUAACUGGAGGAUUAAUUUAUAGAAAAUUUCUGUCGCAUGAAUUUACAACGAGCAUUCCAAGUCGAUCGUAUUACAGUGUCCAGUAAUCGAUUCGAUCGUUUUAUCUCCCAUGAUAUAAUGAACGUUCUGUGUAAACGAGGCCAGAGUUUUGUAGGUCGGUACUGUGACGUUCGAAUAACGCAUUAUCGAUUAUCAUUGAAACAUAUCAGAAACAUCGAAGUCUGCGUAAUUACGAACGUAAUUACGUGAUCGCAAAUACAAGUUUACGCGAAAACGAGGAAACAAUAUUGUAAUUCGAUGCGUUAAUCUAUUACUAGCGUUUUAAGCGACAAUAGAUGGGAGAGUAAUUAAGAAAUGUUUACAGUAAUAAGUAGCCUUAAACGAUUAAACUGUUUAACGAGAGAAAGUUUAUAAAUAUAAAUGUUACAUAUUGUUCGAAUAUUUGUUAAGAAGCGUUGAAAGUAAUGGGAGUCGUUUCGAAAAUUAAAAGCAAACGUCAGAGUAGAUAUUAAUAUAUAUAUAUAUACAUAUACAUAUAUAAUAAUCUCAAUAAUGUAGCGUCGAUUUUCAAACGUUUUCGAGACAAUGAUAUUGGGUCAUCGGUAGUGCAAAAAUUGAUUCCCCCCAAUUUUAAGAACAACUAUUCUCAUCACUUUCAUUAACUUCAUUUUCUUCAUACCAAAUUUUUGUAUGUUUUCUUGAACCAAAUGCGCGAAGUAUUAGAACGAUUAACGAUUUAAAUGUAAACAAUCGGGAGAGCUUCCCGGUGAAAGUAUAAAUAGGUGGUUGCUCGUGAAAUUAAUCCAGCUAAUUAGCGGCGAACGAAAUCAUUUCAUUGCUGUUGCCAGUGUUCCAGCGGCGUUUCAACAUCAUCGACACGUUAUCGUUAUUGUCGCGAUUUUUAAUUGUUCCGCGUAUGAACCGACCGCGCAAGAAGAUACACAUUGUUACGAAUAAAUACCCGAAAACGCAGUCAACAUGAACGUAUAAAUAUAUUUUGCAAGUGUUUAUAAUUUUAACUAUGAAUGCGAAAUAAAAUAACAAUAUUUAUCAUAAAUCUUUUACUGUUACAACGAUUCUCAUCAAUGUCUUCAAAUGUUGUGUCACCGUUUGAUCCUUGUAAGACGAACAAUUAUGUACUUAAAAACUUUUGUAUUGUCUGUAUAAAACGUUAAUGACAAAAGUCGUAAUGCCAUAACAGCGUAAUUAGGGACAACUUUGCAAUAGGUUAAAAGGUAAAUAUUUACUGAUCUUCAUUCACGACGAGAGUAUAACAAAACUGUAUGAAGUAUAUUUAGAAAUCGUUAAAGAUAAAGUUGUUCAGUUUAAAUAAAUAUUUCGACGAGUUUAAUUGUA